AUGAUGGUUUUAAUCAUUUCUCAUUCCGUCUUCAAGAAAUUUGACCUUUAAACUUGCCAACUACAAUAAUUACAUGAGCUGAAUGUACAGAGUUGACAAUAUGGUUUCGGUUUCUUACAUCGAAGAAAUACUGUUAAGAGUAAUAGCAGACCUUGAAAGUUUUCGAGAUGAGAAUUCUCACUCUCAGAAUCUAGGAACAGGCAUGGAUAGAACAUUUUGCAUCACCACUGAUCAACUUGAAACUAAACUUAGAGAGAUGAAAGAACAAAUAAUUGAUGAGAUACGGGCUGAAGUUCAAGCACUUACUCCUUAUUUGGUCCUUGCAAUGGGUGCUUUACAAAAACAUCCAGAGGAAUCCAAUAAUGAUACAUUGUACACACUAGAUAGAAAGGUUACUAGUAGUGUCACUUACAGUGGUAAAAUAAAAGGUCCAGCCAAUGAAAUUGACAACUCUGAAGUUCCAUUGUUACGACAGAAUCCUAUCACUUUUAAGAAACAUUCAUAUAUGACGUCAUUUGCCAAUAUUGAGAAUCAUUCCAAUAAACUUUCAAAUCAAACCACAUCAGCUGUCUCCAGUGCAGUUAGCUUAAAGUCAGCUGUUUCUAAUGCAGACAGUUUUGGGUCAGCUGUUUCAAGAUCAAUUGUUUUAAGAUCAGCUGUUUCAAGAUCAGACAUUUCAAAAUUGAUUGUAUCUAAUGUUGCUGUUUCUGAAAUUGCUGUAUCAAGCCAAGGCCACAACAGAAGCACUGCCAGAUCAAUUGAAGCAGUAUCCUGUGAACAUGUUUUUAAUGGCAAUGAAAAAAAUCAAUCUUUAGAAGAAACAAGAAAUAAACUGGAAAAGGAUGAUGAUAAUUUGUCAAUACUAGAUGCAGAAGAUGAACAAGACAGAGAGUUUGAGGACAAUGAGUUAAGCAGAACAAAUAUGGUUGACUACACUGCCAGUGCUUAUUUAAGGAAUUGGAAAAUGGUCCUGUUAAUUAUUCUACUUUUAAUAUAUAUUUUGCUGUUGGUGACUUACAAUCGUCUAAAGCCCUUUUGAGACAUUUUCCAACAUAAAAUAGAAAAAGGAUGGAUACAGCCAGUACAUUAGAUCUACCCCAAGGUGAGGAAAGAGAGGACUUGGAUGAAUUAGAAGAUAUGAAUGAAGUAACUAACCAAUGUAUUAAUACAAUGGACAUUGCAACCCUUCAACCAGUAAUGAAAAACCAAGCUGACAUUAAAACAGAACUCCCAGAGAAUCACCCUGGAGAUGAACCACAAUCUUCCACACAACAAACUCCAGUAAGAAACCAAAGCCUAGCUCUUCAAACUGCAGUAUUGAAUCAAAAAUUUCAAGAGUCAGGAACAAAGCCAACUCUGGCAGGACAAGCCGUGAACACCAACCUUCUCCGACCACCAGGAUGGCUAGCAAAGAAGGUAAUAGGAACAGGACCUAAAAAGUUUUAUGAAAGGCGGGCAAAAUCAAGACUUAACAUAAACAAUAGGAAAGCAUAGAUACAAUGAUAAUAAUUGUAUCAUUCUAACUCAUGGGUUUCUAUUUUCUUCUGAAUAAAUUUGGUUCUGCUAAGGCAUAUACAGAAAUUUUCUGAAGCUGUUAAGAAUGAUAAACCAUUUAGAAAUUUUGGAAAUAAGGUCAGAAUCUUCUUAAUCCAUUGAUGAAUUAAGCUAACUCUAUAGGAUGCAACAAAGAGAUAAGGUGUGACAUGCUGCAAAAGAUUAUGAGACAAAGAAACUGGAUUGUUUCCAUAAUUAAUAAUGGUUCUAUAAUAUUUAACAAGGGUUUCUAAUUCAUUCGAGUUCAAUUUGGUUUCUUAAAGGACAUUUAGAACUUUACCCCCAUAGCUGUUAUGAAUGCUUAACUUCUAAAAACUUUAUACAGUGCAUUUAAGCUUUACUUUUGUGUAGCUUAAGUAGAGUGGAGUAAUUCAUAGUUAGAUUUAGGAAAGCUUUUAAUGGUUUAGUUUUCUAACAGCGAAAUGAACGGUUCUGCAAGAUAUUUCCAAAACGUUAUUGAUCCUAAAAAAUAAGUAAAGAAAAUAAGGAUUGGAUUAUUCCUACUAAAACAUUAUAUGCUGUGUGGUUCAGGGCCCAUAUUGGAUUCUGUCAUUUAUGUUGUUCAUCCUGCAGGCCUGAUGGAAAACUAAGAAAAUCGAUUCAAAACAAGCUUUCUUCAACAGGGGGAAAGGUUGCAGAGCGAGCUGAAUUUUGGAACAGUUUAAAGCCAGAAAGGUAAGUAACAAAAAUGUUGACCACACUAAAAUUGAUCAAAAGAACCAGUCCAUCUUCGCUUGGAAAAUCAGUCUAAUUAAUAAAAUUUGAGCCUUAGGUGUUCAUUUUCUAAAAAAGGCAAAAUUAAUAAUAAUUCCAGUGCAUUAGUAAAUACUUUUGGUCUUAAAGACAUUUUAUCAAUCCUGAACAGUAAUGGUGUUCGUUUUUCAAAUUUAAUAAAUCCCCCCCCCCCCCCCGGCCAAAAAAAAAAUAACAUGAAAAACCUGUUGUUAUUAGUAUAAUCGCCAUAUAAACUUUAUUAUUUUCCUUGCAGUCUUUAUUUAGGAAAAUACAAAAAGCAAAGAACUUGCAACCAAAGAAAGGAGAGAACAGAGCUAUGGAGAAACAGAAUAACAAAACUGCUAAUGUUGUAACAUAAACUUCUAGUGGUUAAACAAAUAAAACAAGCAAUAUUCUUUGAAUUUAUAUUCUCAUCUCAUUAAUUAUUUCAGUUUUAUAUUGAAUCCUUUUACAGAAAAGUUGAUUCUCGAUCAUGAUAAUUCUUUAAAAAGUGUAUACAGACAU